UAACAGAAUUUUAAGAAAAAUGUAUAGAAAUUUGCUAGUUGUAUCAGUUUUGUUGAGCUUGGUUCCAACUGCACAAUUAUUUUGUUCCACUCCUGCUAUUAGGAACGGCGCUGCCAAACUGAAGAAGAGAGGUCGCAGAAUUAGGUUUAAAUGCUACCGGGGAUUUACCCUGGUUGGACCUAUAGACGCCAGUUGUACACAAAAUGGAUGGAGUCCAUCAGAAACCCCGGUCUGUGUUUCUACAGGGUGUUUACAACACCCACAGUUUGACAACGGUGAAGUAUCCAUUGUAUCCAAUGUGUCUGGAGUACUAGUUCCAUCUGGGAGUAUUCUACAGUUCACUUGUUAUCCUGGUCAUCUUCUACAGGGGGACCCUGUAUCCUGGUGUGACGGUCUACUAUGGAAUUCAAGUAUACCCACUUGUACUCUUCCAUAUACCCCACCCAGGCUUAGUUGUAGUUUCAAUGAUGUUGACACUACACCAACAUGUGGUUGGUCGUCUAGUCUUGACUUGGAUACAGUUUGGACUCUAACCAAUUCAUCCACUCCUACUGUAGGCACUGGGCCCAAUACUGGAUUCGUUGGUGCUAGUUACAUAUACCUGGAAGCAUCAGGGGAGAAGAUUGGAUCCAAGGCUAGAUUUAUAUCUCCAGUUUACCCAGCUAACAUUAGUACUGACGCCUGCAUCUUUUUUGCUUUUUAUAUGCAGGGAGUUGACAUGGGAAGCUUGAGGGUGGGUCAGGGGCCAGAUGGGCUACAGGAUAAUUUACAGACUCUAGAUGAAUUUAUUGGCGACUUUGGAGCAGUUUGGAAUCUAGCUGUUGUACAGAUACAGCCCUCCAGAAACCCAUUCCAGCUUUUCUUUGAGGGAACUGUGGGAAACAGUUAUCUUAGUGAUAUUGCCAUUGAUGCAAUACACAUUUUGAACGGUAGUGACUGUACUGAAGUUAGAACCAGUCACACCCGACCCCAACCAACAACGUUGAAAUCUCUAUCUCCCGCCAGCUGCUGGGGACGCUGUGACAGGAAUGGAUCCGACUACAUUGCAUCUAAUGGUUGGGUUGAGGGGGUAUGUGACUGUACACCGAUAUGCCUACUUGGAGUACGCGCCUGCUGUACAGAUUAUGUAACAGAGUGUGGCAUUUCUAAAAUAUCUCCUAGAGUUGAGGUGGCAUCUUGGGUAACUUGGUCAACUAUUACUGGGAUUGCUUGUUUGGUAAUAGUAGGGUUAAUAGUUCUGCUGACUGCCGCAAGAUGGCAACAUGUGCGCCCAGAACGCAUGGACGAGAACGAAGACGACAUGGCGCGAAUGGUUGAGGAUGAUUCUGAUGAUCAGGCUGAAACUGGUGCACAGGGCGGCUCUGGAAAACAAAGAAGAUUCUCUGACCUCGAAGAAAUAGAUUUUACUUUAGCCACGGAGCAGGAAACGGAUCAACCACUUAAAAAUAGACAAAUCACGCAAAUAUAAACAUUUUAUUUUUCAUUUUUAAAUUCAAACAGCCAAACAAUUAUCAUAUAUAAAAUAAAACAAUGUAAAGCGGAAAGUACAAAAUUUAGAUUAGAUUUAAUUACCAGUCAUUUUCAAGGAAUUUAUCAAUGUAUUGCUUUGAGGUAAAAAAAAAAUCAUGUGUUAUAAAGAAACAAAAUAUGAUACUGUCGUCGUCAUAUAUAUCAAUUCAACAAAGACGACUUUCUAUUUCAAUUUUUAUUUUAUCAAUUUUCAACAGCAGGGACACAUAGACAUGUAAACAAAGAGAAGUUGCUAAUUAACACUUUGUUUACAUGUAAUCUUGCAAUUAGAGAAACUGUUGUCCGAUAUCAUUAUUGAUAAGAAGUCGUCUUCGUUUUCUUUAUAUAAACGCCAACCGCUGUAUAUACAUAACAAUAGAUAAUACAAACCAAAUAAAAAUAUUUAAUACUCCAAGUUUCA